GUUAAAGUACUAUCAAUUGUCAGUCCAAGGAAUUUCAUAGUACUCAUAUCAUUAAUUUGGAUAUCACCAUGUUUAAUAUUUAAGUUUAUUAGUGCAUUUGGUGUUGUUAAAAACUGGACACAACUCGUUUUAGUUAAAAUUCAAAAUUAGCGAAUUUAUAGAGUAGUUGAAGCGGCCAGUAGUAAUUGGAUGUAUUAAAAUGAAAUCAUAUUAAUCAUACUCUCAUAUAAGAAGGAGUUGUGUAUAUUGUUUGCAGAAUGACUAAAACGAUUGAGUGACCGAGAGCACCGAGAGAGACUUUCUUUGGUUUUCUUAAAUACGCAAAAAGUUCGAUAGUUUCCAUUCGAUUCUGCCCAUAUCUUCGAAUUUCAAGCAUAAAAAUGGCGGAAGUAAUGUUGGACGAAGUAGAUGUAUUUUAUGUACCACAUUUACGUAUGAAACAGCUUGUUAAAGUGUGUUUAGAACAGAUAAGAAAAACUGACUUUACAAGCAAUGUAGCUCUCCAGGCACUACUUCGGCACCUACAUGAUAUAUUUUUUGAGGUUAAGUGUCAUGAAGAUAUUGAAGACAACAUCAUAUUGGAAAAACUACAAGAACGAAUGAAAUCACAUUGUGUGGAUAAUACAACUGUUUGUGAUUGUCAUUCAAACAUCCAUGUUGGUCAAAUGAUUGCUCUGAUUGAUGAUGGAAUUGCUGUGACUAGUAGGUCAUCAGAGGACUGCAUGACUUUUGGUAUUAGAUUGCAAGAAGCUCUUAAUGAGUUCACUUCUGCGUUUCUGCCACACAUGAAGCAAGAGGAGGAGGUUUUUCAGCCCCUCUUAUUGAAGCACUUUGAAUAUAGUGAAUUGCAGAGUAUUCGGCAGCUUGUGAUAGUGAAGCAUUGUUUACUUACUAACAACUUCAUCUAUGAGACAAUGUUGUCAAGCUUGAGUUUCGAAGACGAACUGCAGACAAUGAGAUAUCAGGCAGAGGAUGACAGAAGAAUGGUGUAUGAGUAUGUCAGGAAUGAUUUGAACAGUGCAUUACACCAAAAUAUUACACGGGAAAGCAUGAAGUCUGUAAUAAGUAAUGGCACAUAUGUAGCACAUGGCAAUCCUGAUGAAAAUAUGGAAGACAGGCUUGCGAGUGUAAAUGUAACAGAUAAGCGUGUGAAGCAACACACAGUCAUGGACCUACCUGACCUGGCAGUAACAAAAAUAUUCUCUUUCCUGGACCCUCCUGAUCUUGGGCGUUGUGCUCAAGUUUGUUGGGCUUGGAACAAUCUGGUGUACCAGCCUUGCCUUUGGAGGACAGUCUGCCCUGUCCAGUGGGCUUUAGGUUACUGGAAAUAUGAGAAGGACUGGAAUGCAGAACAGCACAAGAUAACAGUACUACAAGGAUCCAGAGGAAAUGACUACUUAUUCCAAGGCAUGGGCAUACAAGAUUAUUUGGAAUUUCAAUUGGCCGUUAUAGAGUCAAUGGAUGUGAUGUUCGAUCUUCCGUGCAGAUAUACAAACUUGCUUAAGCGAGCCAUAUCUGAAUACAGGGUAAUUUCAGGGUUAUUGCGGUAUGUCCUUUGGCGUGUAGGUUCAGGAGUGAAAGAGCUCAACCUUGGAGCGUCUUGUAUUUUAAAUGAUGAAUACCUUAACUUAUUUAUGCUCCAAUGCCCCAGUGUUGUUCAUCUGGAUGUUAGCUACACAGCACUCUCCUUCCAUGCAUUUCACGGUGUGAAGAGGAACGGAAGCUGUAGACUUCUGACCACAGUGUGCUUCUCAGGAUGUGAGAAUUUAACAGAUUCUGCAAUUACAUCCUUGACAAAAUGCUGGGAAAAUGAAGAAGAAGAAUUUAAUGAUGACUUAAUAGACAGGGACAUGCAAAGAAACUUGUCUUCAGUAUUGAUCAUGCCAACAAUGAUGACACAGGAGGAACAUUUGAAAUCACUGAUCAGGAUUUAUAAUAAAAUAAAAUGGCCAAGUACUGGAAGGGACAGUGAAAUUCUCUUGUCUUUUCCCUACAUUGAGUGCAGAAGAAAAGCCAGAGUAUCAGGGCUGCGAUCCCUAAUUCUUUCGGGCUGCCACAAACUUACCGAUAAGAGUCUUGAAGAGUUAAUGAAGUCAGGUACAUCUGUACAAAAGCUGAGGUUGCUGGACAUGAGUGGUUGUUUCCAAUUCACAGCACACAUGUUAAAUAGACUAGUGAAGAAAUGUCCACUCCUCAGCCCUGAUUGUCUUUUUUAUUGUGACCACAUAAAAGGUGGGCCCUACAGCAAUGAAGCAAAUGGUUGCAACAAUCUUCAGAGUGUGAAACGAGCUUGUUGCAUACCACCUGAGUGAGUGGGAUUGUACCACUGAAGAGACUUUGGCCCAAGGUUCUCAACCCUCUUGUCAAAGUUCCAGUGAAACCUUGACAGUGAACUUAAUUAACAUGGGUAGAGGUCUGGUUUGAAAACAAUUAAAUGUAAUUUAUGUGGAAAUUAAAUUGUUUCCUUUCUUGAGUAAACAGUGUAAACAACAGAAAGUACCAUCUUCAUAAGAGCAAAUAAAAUACUCUGGUUUUCAAAAGUUGUUACACCUUCCAUUUGUCACUAGUUCAUCAGCAUCAAUCUGUGGAUGGCACUAUCAGUUUGAGUGCAUUCAGAUUUGGUCCGCAUAUAUAUAUAUAUAUAAGUUAUUGGCUGUGCAUAUUUCCUUUACAUAUAAAUGGGAAUUGUUAUGUUUGUCCUGAGUUUAUAGGUGUUUUAACAGUUAAAUCUUACAAAUUCUGCAGGCAUGCAUUGCUUAGUGGCAUAGUGGAUUCAUCUUGCUUUGAAUUUAGGUGCAGAAUUGAAAGGUCACAUUUUAUCGUGUAUUACAAUGUUUUUGCAAGACCUAAAGAUUCAGCACCCAAUCGUUGGGCCUUCCUGUGGAUUUAAGUCUGAUGCAUGUGUGUGUCUUUUAAGUCAUAUCUUUAAGUUAUUUUGCUAUUCCACAGAAGUUUGUAGCAGGCUUUUCAAUCAUUUUGAGCCUUCCUUUUCAGGGAUAUAUAUAUGGAAUGUUGUUGUAAUUCUCUUGAGCAACACAAAGAGUAUGAUUCUCAAAUUCUGCCUGAAAGUUAUGUUGAACUGGAAAGACAGUGUGUAGGACAGUGAAAUGAUGCUAAGAGAAUAAAUUUGUCAAAUAAAAGAAAACUGUCAAAAUAUCAUCAGAACAUUCUAAUGUUGAAGUCACAGAACAAUUUAAACGCUGCUGUUUGAAACAACGUGACUGCAAGACAGCCAUUUCACCAAAAUUAUUGAAUUUUGAGGCCUUGGCUUUAAAUAUUUUACAAUUUUAUGUUCCUGUAGCAAACUUUUAAUGGUCCUUUUACUUUGUAAGAAGACGGUAAUAGAAAAUAAUAUGGUAAAUAUGAUGGGCAUAUUUUUAGCUACAAAAUGACAUUUUUGUUUGUUUGCCAUUCAGAUUGUGGCCAGAAAUUUGUGAAACACAGGUCAUAAGUUGUCUGAAGUGGAUUUGUAUUUUAUUAACUAGACCCUGUAGCCCUUAUAGGUUAUACUUCUCAACUGAAGGAAGGGUAAAUUUGUUUCUCAUGCAAAAUCCAUAUAUCCGUUUUUUCACAGCCAACUUCUUGGUUGCAUGAAAGUAGUAAAUACAAGUGCUAUUCGGAAAGUAACCUCCAGUGAGCUGUUAACAAAACAAGCAAUGAAAAAAAAAAUUGUAUUAUAUAUUUAAAAGUACAUACAUACUUAAGCUAUUUCAUAACAUAGUCACCAUCAGAAUUGAGGUCAUCAUCGUAUUGGGGAGAAAGUUUUUGU